UGAGAUAUUUCUUUUGGUUUCUUAUCACAGAAAUAUUUAUAUGUGUUUCCUUCCAGCAGGCCUACACUCUUCAGGUUGAUCUAGUCCAGUCCCUGGAUAUGUGGGCUCUGUGUGGGAUGGGAUAUCUCAUGGGACAAUUCUUUCAACUUAAGUAUGUUGUUAUGUAUGGAUGCGGAAGUUUUAUUGCAAAACUAGAUUCAGUAGACGCUCCCCCACAUCCUAAGUGCAUUGCAAGAAUUCAUCUGUACUCUGAGAUGUGGAGAUAUUUUGAUGUUGGUCUUCAUGAGUUUAUGCAUAAUUAUAUCUUCCAACCCCUCACUAAGCUUCAUAGCAGUUUACCAGGAAAACUGGUGUACAGUGUAAUCUGCUUUAGCUUUGUGUACAUUUGGCAUGGAACCUAUGAUUUUGUCCUAAUCUGGAGUAUACUAAACUGUACUGGNAUUCAAAUUUGA